GAGAGCAUGAAGGUGGAGGGUGUAAUGGCGAACAACGCUCUGCUGCAUAAGGCGAAGGUGAAGGAAGAGGCGAAGGAAUACCGCGCUUACCAGCUAUCGUCGGGAGCAUCGUCGGCUGCCUCGAACAUCACCGUUGCUACCGUUACUACCGCCACGACGAUAACCGUCACUGCGACGACGUCCACGUCGCCGGCAACUGCAGCGGCCAUCAUCGCGACAACGACCACGACCACGACCACGACGACCACCGCGACGGCGACCACGACGAGCACGCCGACCACCUCGACGACCACCGCGACCACGAUCUCGACGUCUACACCCGCGACGACGCCGCCGACGACCACGAUGACGACCACGACGACGACGACGACGACGACGACGACGACGACGUCGACACCGACGCCGACGGGAAUGGCAGCGAGCAUCGCAGCGUCAACCGGACCUAGCACGAUCGUCGGAGAUAGUAACGGCGCGACGUCCACGACCACCGCAACUCUGCACCAUCAACCCUCCGGCGUCGUUUGUCGACUAUCGAUGCCAGCGUCUUCCGCCCACGUCAACGCUGAUUCCUUUCCCGUCGAUCUCGACCUCAAGACCAAGGUCAAGGCUGUAAGCUCCGCGACCAGAGACAAAUCCUCGCGAGAAGAUGCUCAACCGGAGGUCCAUUCGCCGUCCUCUCAUCGGCAAAGAAUCUUCACCGCGGCACCGUCGACCACCGUCGUCAUCGGGCAACACCAAUCGAACAAACAGGGCAACAACGGGAACCGAGCCGAGUACAAAGCGACGACCGGUUGCUCGGCCUCCUCCGACAGCGGUAGCCCUUUGCCGUCGCAUUACCUCAAGCCCGAAUCGGAGGACGCGUCCGGCGCCACCGCCACCGCCGCCGCCACCACCACCACCACCACCACCACCACCGCCGCCGUCGUCACCACCACCGGCAACAGAUGCAUCGCCGGCGUUUUCGCCGGUCACGGUGAGCUCAAGAGCGUGCUCGGUACUGUCGUGAAAUUUGCCACGGGCAUCUCUCCUGACACCGGCGACACCGUGCUUACCCUGGUGUUGGCGCUUCUGAGCGGCAGCAUGACCGCGGAGGAGUUUCACACGGCCUUGCAGGAAGCGACCAACUAUUCCCUCAAGGGCUUCGUGUUGCCCCACCUGAAGCAGCAGUUACCCUCGUUGCAGAGGGAUUUGAGCAAUGCCGCCAGAUCGAGUAACCAGAGUUGCGCACAAUUCUUGCGAUCGAACGAAGCAGCGGUGCUGGAGGCCGUCGGCCUGAUGGCCGCGGCGGAGCAGGUCGAGAUCUUCGGGGAGCACGCCGGUAACGGAAUAGGAAGCGGGAACGGUGGCAAUCAGUGCUCCUCCGCUCAUUACGGUAUACGAUCGAAUUCUAAUCCCGGUGUUGGCGGCGCCAUUCAGCACACCAACAACGCCACGGCCGGUUUCCACCAUUAUUCCAGCGGCACGUCGUCGCACGCACCGAAACGACGCGCCUCCGACACGCCGUAUUACGAGAACAGUGCCACGCUUCUCGAGGACGUUCCCGUCUACGGGAAGAGACUGACCAAUCCGUGGAGUCAUCACCAUCCGCCGCAACCGCAAUCGCAACAACAGCAAUCCGCCGAGGCUUCCUCCCCUUAUUGUUGGUAUCAUCCGCUCCAUUCGUCGAGCGGAUCGAUUCAAAGUCUCGGACAUCGGCAUGCUCACGCUCAUAGUCACGCUCACGGCCACGCUCACGGUCAUGGUCACGGUCAUGGUCACGGAGACGGUUCCAGUUCCAUACCGCCUAGUUCCGUGCAAAUGAAUCAGAUGAACGCCUUCUCCGGCUCUCAUCACUUGGCCCGACAGCAGCAACAGCAAAUGAGUCACGUUCAAACGCAGAACGGCAGCCUGGACGACGAAUGGAAGAACAUUCACAUGAUGCUAAACUGUAUCCUCGGUAUGGUGGAGAAGACGAAGAAAGCUUUGACCAUCCUGCAGACACGGGGUUGCUUCGGGGCAGCAACGUCUGCGCCACCCUUGGCCACCGGCAAUGCCAUACCAGCCCAGAACGGCGGCAGCACCGCCAAUGCCAACAAUCCAUCCUCGACCAACAACGGUUCUCAAGUGGAAUCGUCGACGGGCGAUCGCGAAGGUAGCUUGAAACGAUUGUCCGGGGAGAUCGUUGCUCAGACUAUCAGGGCGAUCGAGGAUAAAAUGGCCGAAGUGAAGAGGAAAGACGAGGAAGCCGUGAAGAGAGCCGUGAUGGCGGAAGUGCAACGCGCGAUGCGAGUGGCUGUGGCCGAGUCCAGGGCGAACGAGCGUUUACGAGUACAUCGAAUGCUCGACGUCCCCUUGACUCAGAGAAAUCACGGUGCUCUACGACAAGGACCGUACCUUCGAGUUCACGGUAACCAUGGACCAGUGGACGGGAAUGCUAGAACCGUCGCGACCCCGACCAACACCGUUUCCAACUCGAUCGCGUCCACCAGCGAGGACGAGAAGGACUCUCAAUUGCAAACCGUCUCGGGUUCCAGUUGUUGGAACUGCGGCAGACCGGCCCUGGAGACUUGCGGUGGCUGUGGAAUCGCUCGGUAUUGCGGUUCCUUUUGUCAGCACCGAGACUGGGAGGCCGGCGGUCAUCAUGCCACGUGCAACAAUCCUCCACCGCGCGAACCUCGAAGAUCCGCGUCGCGUAGCCCUCCGAGAGUGGUUACCGGAGCGUUGUCCAGCGUCAACGAGGCAAACAUCGUCGCGCCGAUACCGGCCAGCGCGGCGACCAAAGGAAAGUGACAUUACGACGGCAGCUAUUCUCGUGUCCGACGAUUAUUCGCUAGACCGGUCCGAUACGAUUCGCGUUGACGCUCCUCGUCCACGGUACACCUCCUCUCUUUCUCUCUCUCUCUCUCUCUCUCUCUCUCUCUCUCUCGAAUCAUACAUCUUCUGCACCUUCU